AUGAAGGCCGCUUUCCUCCUCGCCGGCUGCGCUUCUUCUGCCCUGGUCCAGCGCGCUUUGAGCAGCCCUCUCGUCGAGAACGCCCUCCUCGUCGCCCGCGAUGACGACGACGACCGUAACUCUUGCGGCCCCAAUCUGGAAGUCUGCAACCCCUCCGGCGCGUCGACCGACAAGCUGCCCGCUCUCGGACCCGACCUGUCUGGCCUCUACCUCUCCCUCCUCGACGCGGUCAAAGGCAUCAACUUCAAACGUGACAGCAACAACCACAUGAACCGGCCCCGCGACGAUACCCCCUCGUUCUGCUGCGCGACCGGCACCUCCUGCCUCCUCCUCUCGGCCUACGACAUCCCCUUCUGCUACGACAAGUUCACGACCAACUUCAUCUUCCCGGACGGCAGCUCUGGCACCAUCCACACGGGCGCCUUCUCCUCGGCCUCCGGCGGCACCGCCGACCUCCUCAACGGCACCUACACGACCGACGACACCCAGGACGGCGACCUCUACGCCGGCUCCAAUUCCGCCGACAAGCCCAACACAGCAACCAUCAGCAUCCCGCCGCAGUACACGGCGACGGGCGUCGGCUCCGCCAUCCCGCUGACGGCCCUCGGCGUCAUCACCACCGUCGUCGUCACGGCCGUCACGACCGAGGUCUCGACCGUCUCGGAGAGCGUCGUCGUCGUCCCCGCCUCCACGCGGCCCGAGAGCACCGUUUUGGGUACCACGGUCGCUGGCGAGACGACCAGAGCUGACAGCGUCGUGCCCGCCACGACUAUCUCUGCCAGGACGACGACCGUCGCUGCGCACGAGACGCGAGUGACUGUCUCGUCGUCAACGACGUCUGUGGCUUCGGCCGCUGCGGCGUCGGCGUCGCAGACGGGUGGUGCCGUUGCGGUGGGUGGAGGGAGUGCGGGGGUGGUGGGUGCGCUGGGCGGUGCUGCGGUGCUGGCGGUUUUGGGGGUGGUUUGA